AUGGAUCGAUGGCUCGAGCAGACACCAAAUGCUCCCCACGCAGAACCCCUCGAUCCUCGAUGGACACGACGAGGCCCGACAAGGAAUCGUCUGGAAGACCAGAAGCCAUACAUGAAUUCUCAGUCAGCAUCAAAAUCCAGAGCCCCCAAUGGACGCGAGGGUGGAAAUCUCGUAUGUGCGCAGCAUUUGGGGGCCAAGCGCACCUCGUCUCUCGGGCCUCUUCCUUCCCACGAGGGAUUCGAGGCUCAAUUCUCCUGGGCCGAUCAAGGGAGAUAUAGCUACAUGCAGGCAUCCCCGUCACAUCAGUCGGAGCUCGCAUACAGGGAACCAAUCCUAGCAGAUCGAAGGGCGGUCGAGACCCUUCCAAUUGGUAUGCGCUCGCCAACCCCUGGAAAUCCCUUCCGCGCCCCUGUAAAUGUGGACUAA